UCUCCGGCGGAACGAGCUUCACUCCUUGCCAGCCGCACCCCAGAACUCGCAAGACAUCAACUCCCAUAUCGCAAGGCUGGGCAAUCUUGUUAACAGCCGGCAUACCCAACAAUUCAAAAGAUGAACGCCGCAGCAGCCCGUGUCACUGCCCUGCGCAACCUGCGGCCGGUGGCCUCCCGCUUCCAGCCGAGCUCCCUGCCGCAGGUCGCCCGGGGCUUCUCGGCGUCCGCCCGCCGCAGCUACGAGUACAUCGAGGUGUCGGAGCCCCGGCCUGGCGUAGGACAAGUGAAGCUCAACCGGCCCAAGGCACUCAACGCGCUGUGCUCGCCGCUGAUCGCGGAGCUCAACACGGCGCUGCGCGCAUUCCAGUCCUCCCCGACCGUCGCGGCCGUCGUACUCACAGGCUCCGAGAAGGCGUUCGCGGCGGGUGCCGACAUCAAGGAGAUGGCGCCGCUGACCUUCAGCGAGGCGUACAGCAGCGCCUUCAUCGAGAGCUGGUCGGAGCUGACGACCAGCCUCAAGAAGCCGCUGAUUGCGGCCGUGUCGGGCCACGCGCUGGGCGGCGGGUGCGAGCUCGCGCUCAUGGCCGACAUCGUGUACUGCACGGAGACGGCCAACUUCGGGCAGCCCGAGAUCCGGCUGGGCACGAUCCCCGGGGCGGGGGGGAGCCAGCGGUUGACGCGGGCCGUGGGCAAGAGCAAGGCGAUGGAGCUGAUCCUGACGGGCAAGUCGUUCUCGGGCCAGGAGGCGGAGCGGUGGGGGGUGGCGGCGCGCGUGUUUCCUACGUAUGACGCGCUGAUGGAGGGCGCGCUCAAGACGGCCGAGACGAUCGCGGGCUACUCCAAGGUGGCGGUGCAGGCAGCCAAGGAGGUGGUCAACAAGAGCCAGGACCUGGCGCUGCGGGACGGCGUCGAGUACGAGCGACGCGUGUUCCACAGCCUGUUUGGCAGCCAGGACCAGAAGAUCGGCAUGAAGGCGUUUGCGGAGAAGAAGAAGCCCGAGUGGAGUCAUCGGUAGGCAGGUAUUGUAUACAUGUAUGUAGAUGCGGGUUCAAAAAUAUAAGAAGAACAGCAACUGUC